UUUUGUUUGAAAGUUGUACUCAUACUAACGGGAAUAUUGAUAUUUGUUAACAAGUUAAAAAUAUAUUUUUAACACACUCAAAGACCAUUAUUUUGAUCCGUUGAGAGUGAAACUUCAUGGGAAAUGAUCAUUACUCUCGUAAGUGCGUGCAAAGUUUGCUACGAGUAAAUACGCAAGUAAAAGUUUUAGUUCAAACAUAAAAGAAACAAUGAUGUGGUAGCUUUCCCUUCUCAUUUAAAGGAGCAGCCUCUCGGAAAAUGAUUCAAGCCCUGAUGCAAAUCAUUACGCGAAUCGUCGCGCAUCUUCCCAACGAAAGAAAUCACGUUACGCUUUGUCAAUAGUGCGUGUAGUCUCGCCUUUAUUAUAAAAAAAGUCGCAAACCUAACACGGACCGUUCAGUUUUUUGAUAAAGUUCGAAGCGAAAACAAGAACUAACCAUAAGAUUUUCAUUAGCACUUUUAUUGCAAUACAUUUACAUAAAUAACAUAUCUGUACAGUAUAAACACUUAAGAUCAUAAAGUAAAUCUGAUGAUGAUGAAGUUGAAAUUUCUUGCAAUACUAUUUUUUGCUAUAAUUUGCAACUCUCUUGCGUUAAGAAGAAGUGGUAACAUCUUAUAUUUUGAAGACGAUUUACCGAAAACGAAACAGUCUACCUCAAUGUUGUCGGAUAUUGCGCAUGAACUUUUUCGAAGAUCCUCCAGUUCCAGUCAGGUUCUCAACUUAAACCUGUCUAAUCUUCUACUACUCCUGGUCUUAAAAGCAGUGGUAUAUGGUGCUGGUUAUAUCGGUAAUCACGCCUUCAAAGGACGAGGAGAUGUGGUAGAAAAUAAUAUCCUUUCUGAAGGAGAAACUGCACUUGCUCUCGGAUAUUUGAUGGGAGACAACUGCUUAUAUCAAGCAGCAUGCGAAGUUCCACAUACAGCAAAGGAAUAUCUUGGAGCUGCGGAGAUAGUUUUUCAGACAAUAAAUCUACUUCCUCGAUCCAUACCAAUUGGUGAUUCAUAUGAACAAACGAUGACGGAAUUUCGGAAAGCUAUUGACCAUGGUUUGAAAGAUCAAUGUCCUUCCGAUUACAGCUGCAAAAAGGAGAACAUACACAGGUUUCUACGGCCGCAAUGAAGAAAACAGCAAAACCAAAAUGUUUGGAUUCAUUACACACUACUAUCAAACAACUUGAUAUCGGUGCAUAGUUUUAUUUCUGCAUCAGCAAUCAAAAUUAUUUUUACAAAUGUAUUGGUAUUAUAUGCUAUGAUUCUUAGCAUUAAGUAUGAAUAACAACUAGUUUUUGUUAAUUUGAAAAUCGCGCAUAGAUAUCUCGUCGGUCCACUGCUAAAAAUGAUGAGGAAAAAUUUGUAAAACGUAGGGAUGCAAACGAUGUCACCGGCAUAAUUACGUAGGUACGAAUUUUUCUUUUUUACGUAGAUUUUUACUUUCUUUUCACGUUGAAAAUAUUUGUAUAUACAAAAAGAAUAGAAGUAAAAGGAGAUUGAAAAA